GUCCUCUUUUAUUUUAUCAGCUGUUUUUGAUAAAUUAAUGAUACGCUUUCAACUUAUUAUUUAACUUAUGUUAAACUUAAUAUUGAAUAAAACAUGGCGAUUCAUCAUAAUUCUAAGUAUGGGAAAUACAGACAGAGACGCCCUUACACAUAUUAUACUACAUAUGAUCCAAUAAGCAAAUGUGUCAAAUACACCUUAUUCUUUUUCAACUUCUUAUUUUGGCUUUGUGGGUGUUUAUUUGCAGCAGUAGGUAUGUAUGCAUUUAUUGAGAAAGAAAAAAUACUAAGAGAUGCAAUUGAUAUACUAUUUGAUCCAGCAAUAUUACUCAUGCUAGCAGGAACAUUAGUUUUUGUACUGACAUUUUUGGGAUGUUUGGGAUCAUUGAGGGAGAAUAUAUGCAUGUUAAAGAGCUUUGCAUAUAUCCUAUUCACCCUUUUCCUUCUGCUUCUCAUCCUCGGAGGACUUAUUUUCUUCUCCUUUUAUUCCGAUUCCAAAAUGAGGAUUGUUCACACUCCCAAUGAAAUUCUCCUUAAAGCUGUUCAAAGGUACAGGGAUGAUGACGACCUGCGCAAUUUCAUUGACAAUAUUCAAAUCAAGUUCGAAUGCUGCGGCGUGGGAACGAACGGGUUUAGGGACUGGAGCAUGAACCCUUACUUCAAUUGCACGCCAGAAAACUUGAGCGUCGAACAAUGCGGCGUCCCUUCGUCUUGUUGCAAAAGAAUCGAAAACAUACAAGACAACGUCAUGUGCGGCUUUCAUACGGUUGAUAAAACGGAAACUGAAAUAAAGGACAAAAUAUACACUUCAGGUUGCUUGAAAGCCAUUUCCAAGUGGAUCGAAGAACACGCAAUUCUGCUCGGCGGAACCGUCAUGGCUAUCCUUAUACCCCUACUUCUAGCAAUAUUUUUAUCACUUCGAUUAGCCGCUCAAAUUGAAGAACAAAGACUAAGGUGGCUCGAAUAUCCGCAUUUUUAAAUAAAUUUUUUUUCCUUCUCUUCUUUAUAUUCUUUUAAUUUUUUUUUACAUUCCAUUUAUAAUUUUACAAAUAAAUAAUUCCCACAGUAUAAAUAUAAAAAAUAUGAUGUGGUAGAAAUUAUGCGCAUUUAUAUACUAAUUUUUAAGUCACAAUUAUAUUUGUAGGCUAAAAUUCGAUUUUUCGUUUUAAAUUCUUAUUUUUAUAUAAAAAAAAAUUUAUAUU